AUGUACCGCGCGCUCCUGUCGGUGCCGCAGCUGGCGACGCUGAUGCUCCUGGCCCCCAAGCCGGCCCCCCAGGCGCCGAGCCCGUCCGAGACGCGCAAGGGCUUCCUGCUCGGCUCAGCGACACUCGUGCUGGCCGGCGGCGGAGGCGUCCACGGGCUGCGAGGCUACGAAGCGCUGCCGCCCUGGGUCGCCGAGGGCCACGAGCCGGACCCCCGACUGCGCGAGACGGAGGCGCCGGCGCCGGCCUACGGCGAGGACAGGGUCGUACCGGCGAGUCAGCGGCUCGACAGCGCCGCGCGAUCGGCGCCGAGCGCAGCCGUCCGCCCGCUCGAAUGA